CCCGUACAUUGCAAACUCCUGGAAGCGGCAACGAUGCUGACCGUAGCUCUGAACGCGAAUCUCCCUCCAUUUUCAUGCCGCCACUGCACCUCCUCCUCCUCCGCCUCCGCCUCUUUAGUGUUGUUGGUCCCUCCAACGUUCGGGACUCGUGUCUCCUAUCGACGCUCGAGCCCGCCGCCGUCCAAAUCGCUCUUCGCCGGCCCUCCCCUUCGUUCCCUCGUCCCUCCUUCGCCGCGGUUCCGAGGCGCCCGCUUCGACGUUCGUGUCGUUCCGGGGCGGAGGCACGGCGGGUUUAGGGUCGGCGCCUCGCGGAGGCGCAGGAAAGGCGGCAACUUGGAGGCGGACGGUCUGGAGAGGAGUGGUAAAGUAAUGGGAUAUGGUGAUGAUGAUCAUGAUGAUUACGAUGAUAAUGAGGAGGAGGAGGAGGAAGAGGACGAGGACGAGGACGAGGAAGGGAUGUAUUCGCCGUUUGAGAAGAUGACCAGGUGGCACGAGAACAAGCCGCCUGGGUUUGGGGUUGGGAAAGUGUACGACACUUCUCUUGAGGACAAGCUGCUCGAGGAAAUGCACCAGAGUCGGGUGGCUCAGGCUGCUAACAUCAAUAAGCUCAACAAUCCCGUCACGCCCACCCCUCCCGGGAAAGACGAGCCACGCCUCAAAGUGGCAGAGGCACUUCCAAGCGGAAUUCCUGUUCGUGUGGCCAACCUCCCUAAGAAGAAGAAUAUCCAUAGAGAUCUAAGAUUGGCUUUUAAAGAAGUUGAUGGAAUCACCGGUAUUCAUCCAGUCGUCUCUGGAAACAAGAAAACAAGAGAUCCUGUCUGCACGGGCUUCGCACUUGUAUAUUUUAAGUCUGAGGAGCAUGCAAUGAGUUUUGUCCAGACAUUUUCUCGGCGGAGCUUAACAUUUGGUAAGGUUCAGAAGCAGAUCAAAUGCGAGAUGAUGACUUCACGUCUCCCUGUUCAUGCAAAUGCAGAAUUGGCCAGUAACACCCUUGUGACUUCUCAAAUCAGCAUGCCUAAUAUGGAAGGGGAGCCAGAUUUGCAUGCUGACAUCUACGAGCCUACUUCGGGUUCUUUGGAGGAUCUCACUUCUGAAAAGGAGAAUGACUGGAAUGAUGAGAUCAAAAUAGAUGAAUAUGAAACUAGAGAGGAUACAGAGACUUUUGAUAUGUCAGAUUUUGAGACUUUCGACACCUUAGAAUCAGGGACAAAGAUUGCCACUGCUUCAUCUUUGACCGAGCAGCAGGGAGGGAAAGCAACACUCACCAGAGUCGCCCCAAAACAAAAGAAACCACGGCCAAAUCCCAAAAAGCCUGCUGGCAAAGGGAAAGCAGAGAAGGUUUUGAAGCUAGAAGUCCCGGGAUCUGCUAAACGGUUAAAGAUCCAGGAGAAGGCCGUGCUAACCGGUGUUUUGUCUAAAUACGGAGGAAAAGUUGCUUUAACCUCAAACGACACUUCAUUAGGUUAAAUUGUCUUAUGGAUGCCCAGAGGGGGAAAAUUAUUCCGUCCUGCAUGAAGAAGAUUGAUAAAUGGCGAGUUAUGUUUUCUUC